AAGCGGACGCUCCCUGGGCCUUCCUUCCCGGGAGGGUGCGGGGGAACCGGGGCGGGAUAGAUGCAGGGCCCGGCGGUGCCUGAGUUGCCUUGGUCUGGGUGGAAGUGCGGGGCGCCGGGGCAUCCAGGUGGGAGCAGCGGAUCCCGGCAGGUCCCCGAUCCUUAAUGCAGUCAGCCCAGGCCUGAGUCACCCCAGGCCCUGGCGCGGGCCCGCGGUUUUGGCGAUCUUAGCCUGGGACCCCGGCCUCUCCCUCCAUAGGGGCGGGAUAGGAUCCGCAGACCUCCAGAAGUGCGAGGUCACCUGGCCCACCCAGUUCGCCCUGAGGCGCCGGAUGAGCUGUCUGUCUGGGCCAGCCUGCGUGAAGACGUGGGACUGGAGGGUGCAGGGAGCUGGACGGUCCUCACGCCUACACUUGGAAAAUGCUGCCUGGCUCGCCUUGGGUGUAAAGGCCCUGGGCAGGGUCCAGCUGGACCUUGCCUCUAGGAUGGAUCCGCAGGAGAGAGGUCUCCCAUUGCCAGCUUGCUGGUGCGAUUAGGUCGCCCAUUCAUUUACUAGUUUCAGUUUACUCAUUUGUAAAGUGUAGUAGAUGUUUGAUAUACUCUGCUAACCUUUGAAACCCUGGAACCGCUAGUCUUCUCCAGAGAGUCUUGUUAUCACGAACUCCGCGUAACGAGGCAAAGACCCGAUCUUGGGAACCUUGUUUGUGCUCCUCCCGAAGGACUCAUGACUUACAGACAGUGAGGGUGCUGGCGUAUUUGGCAGGAAGUUUGCUUCUGUUCAACCCACCAACACUGCUUUUUACCUUAAUACCUGAUUUCAACUGAAGGCCUUGAUGUUGGGUGAAGUGAAUCAGGAAUCAUCAGAUCCUAGUGGGAGGGAGAGUGGAAGCUGGCCAACUUGCUGUGUCUGGAGGGACAGUUUAGAGGGAGGGCUUGUUUUCAUGUGCUGUGGGAACUCUGCAGUGUAGUUGAAACCUCUCUGUUUACUGCCCUCAUUGAAAGGCGUACCUCAGAUCAUGACAUCUUUGCGUAGCAACAUUAGCAACGAAGUUAGUUUAGCUGCGCCACGGUGAUGGGGAUUUGUGCAAGGACCAGGAGCCCAAGUCAAAAGCACCCACUGUAACAGAUGGACCUCCAGGGUUCAUCAUGAAAACAGACACCUUCCCUGUGCACAGUUGGUGACAGACCGUGGAACCUAACACUGAUAAACUGUAAGGGCAACAUCUGGAGCCUCCCAGAGGCCCUUACAGAGUUUCCCCGGUCUGAAGUCAGCCUGAAAGAUGUCAGCCCUCAAAGCUGUCUUCCAGUAUAUCGAUGAAAACCAGGACCGCUACGUCAAGAAACUUGCAGAAUGGGUGGCCAUCCAGAGCGUGUCCGCAUGGCCGGAGAAGAGAGGAGAGAUCAGAAGGAUGAUGGAGGUGGCAGCUGCCGAUGUCCAGAGGCUGGGGGGCUCCGUGGAACUGGUGGAUAUUGGGAAGCAGAAGCUCCCAGAUGGCUCGGAGAUACCACUUCCUCCCAUUCUGCUGGGCAAGCUAGGCAGCGACCCCCAGAAGAAAACCGUGUGCAUUUACGGGCACCUGGACGUGCAGCCUGCGGCCCUGGAGGACGGGUGGGACAGCGAGCCCUUCACCUUGGUGGAGCGGGAAGGCAAGCUGUAUGGGAGAGGCUCCACGGACGAUAAGGGGCCAGUGGCCGGGUGGAUGAAUGCCCUGGAAGCCUAUCAGAAGACUGGUCAGGAGAUCCCAGUCAACCUGCGGUUCUGCCUGGAAGGCAUGGAGGAGUCUGGCUCCGAAGGCCUGGAUGAGCUCAUUUUUGCCCAGAAAGACAAGUUCUUCAAAGAUGUGGACUAUGUGUGCAUUUCAGACAAUUACUGGCUGGGGAAGAAUAAGCCGUGUAUCACGUACGGCCUCAGAGGCAUCUGUUACUUCUUCAUCGAGGUGGAAUGCAGUGACAAAGACCUCCAUUCUGGGGUAUAUGGAGGCUCAGUGCACGAGGCCAUGACGGAUCUCAUUUCACUGAUGGGCUGCCUGGUAGACAAGAAGGGGAAGAUCCUCAUCCCGGGCAUCAACGAUGCCGUGGCGCCUGUGACGGAUGAGGAGCAUGCGCUCUACGACCACAUUGACUUCGAUAUGGAAGAGUUCGCCAAGGACGUGGGGGCUGAGACCCUUCUGCACAGCUGCAAGAAAGACAUCCUGAUGCACAGAUGGCGAUACCCGUCCCUCUCCCUGCAUGGGAUCGAAGGGGCCUUCUCCGGUUCAGGGGCCAAGACUGUGAUCCCCAGAAAGGUGGUCGGCAAGUUCUCCAUCAGGCUCGUGCCAGACAUGAUACCGGAAGUUGUUAGCGAGCAAGUUUCAAGCUACUUGUCAAAAAAAUUUGCUGAACUGCAGAGCCCCAACAAGUUCAAGGUGUACAUGGGCCACGGCGGGAAGCCCUGGGUGUCUGACUUCAACCAUCCUCAUUACCAGGCGGGGAGAAGAGCCCUGAAGACAGUGUUUGGUGUUGAGCCUGACUUGACCAGAGAAGGUGGCAGUAUUCCUGUGACCUUGACCUUUCAAGAGGCCACAGGCAAAAAUGUCAUGCUAUUGCCAGUGGGGUCAGCAGAUGACGGUGCCCACUCGCAGAAUGAGAAGCUCAACAGGCUCAACUACAUAGAAGGAACCAAAAUGCUGGCUGCAUAUCUGUAUGAGGUGUCUCAGCUGAAGAACUGAGAAGUCUCAGUUUCCUCGGAGUGCUGUUCCUACCCAGAAACAAUCUGCCCUCUCUCUCUUCCAGCUUUCUCGGGAAAGUGGAAGUUUCUUUUCCCUAUCUCUUUCUCAGGUCACAGGCAGACAGGCAAGAAUGGAGACAUUGCCUCCAGCUGUCACCUGUCAGCUGUGUCAGGCAGUUGGACGUGGUCAGUCCUGAGACUUACUGGGGACAACUGACUGGCCAUGAUUGGGGGUAGGAGGGUGUCUCAGAUGUGGUCAGUGUGACUUCACCUCCAGGAAGUAGCCAGAGUCCAAAAGCUCCAAGUCUGUGGGAGGUACUGCCCACCAUGGACUGAGGCUCAGGGAAUAUCCAGGAAGGAAAUGAGAGCAUCCAUUAGCUCCUUGUGCUGUGACAGCACCAUGGUGACCCGUCACUGUGCUCUGUAUCCCAUCUUAAGACCCUAGCUGACCAUCACUGGUGUCCCCUCCUGUUGCUGUCCCCUUGAACUUAUCCCAACAGUCCCCAUGGAAGCACCAGUCCAGUUGCAGCUACUACUAAUAAAUGUGACAAUGAGCCUCUGGA